AUGAAGUAUGAUGGACAGGGUUGUGUGAGAGCUCAUAUCAUGAACUUGAUUGACAUAGGAACGAAAUUACAAGAGCUGGAUAUGACAGUAGAUGAGGACAUGAUGGUCCAUUUUGCACUGAAUUCAUUGCCUAAAGAGUUUAAAUCUCUCAAGGAAACCUACAUUGCUCAGAAGGAGACCUGGACCUUGAAUGAUCUUAUUACUAUUUCUGUCCAACAAGAGCACAAUAUCAUAAGAGAAAAGGGAGCCAAAAUGGUCAACAUGGUUCAGACUAAACAGAACAAAGAAAACAAGUAUAAGCCUGCUGCUGGGAAAGAAAAGGAAAACAGUACAGAUAAGGCUUUGAAACCUACAACUGGAUUAGGUUGUUUCUUUUGCAAGAAAGCAGGACACAUGAAGAGAGACUGCAGGAAAUACAAAAAGUGGCUGGAAAAGAAGAAGGGAAAAGGUAAUAACAAUUUGAUUUUGGUCUGUUUCGAAUCUAAUUUGGUUAAUUUCUCAAGUGAUUCAUGGUGGUUGGAUAGUGGUGCUUCUAUUCAUGUAGCUAAUUCCUUGCAGGAGUUUACAAGCAAGAGGCUGCCAAGCAAGGAUGAAGUGAAGGUGUUCGUGGGAAAUGGAGAAGAAGUCCAAGUUAAUUACAUAGGGACAGUUAGAAUCAAGUUAGAAUUUGGUUUUGUUUUGGAAUUAGAUGAAGUAGUUUAUGUUCCUUCUAUGAAGAAAAGUUUGAUUUCAGUUACUAGACUUGUAAAAUCAAAGUUCAGUUUGAAUUUUGAUGGAACUGGUUGUUCUAUUUUCAAAAAUAAAGUUUUAGUUGGCAAAGCAAGUCUCAUUGAUGGAAUGUUUAGAUUAAACUGCAAAAGAACUGAAAUGGAAAUAAACACUGUGCAAACCAAAACAAAUGAGAUUUCCUUCAAAUUAUGGCAUAAAAGACUUGGACAUGUUUCAAAAGAAAGGAUAACACAACUGUGUAAGGAAUCUGUCUUACCACCAUUGAAUCAUGAAAACGAAGAUGAAGUUUGCAUUCCAUGUAUCAAAGGGAAAUUAACCAACUUAAGAAAGAAAGGGGCAUUAGGAAGCAAAGGUUUACUGGAACUCAUUCAUACGGAUAUAUGUGGACCCUUUCCAAAUCCAACUCAUGAGGGAUUUAACUACUUUAUAACUUUUACAGAUGAUUUUUCAAGAUAUGGAUAUAUCUAUCUCAUUAAAGAAAAAUCAAGUGCAUUGGACAAGUUCAAAAUUUAUAAGGCUGAAGUAGAAAACCAGUUGAACUUGAAAAUAAAGGUGGUUAGAUCGGAUAGAGGAGGAGAGUACUAUGGAAGGUUUGAUGAGACUGGAAGGAAUCCUGGACCUUUUGCUAAGUUUCUUCAAGAAGAAGGAAUUAUAGCUCAGUACACCAACCCAGGUACACCUCAACAAAAUGGAAUUUCAGAAAGAAGAAACAGGACCUUGAAAGACAUGAUAAGGAGUAUGAUGAGCUGUACAAAUCUGCCAAUUUUUCUUUGGGGAGAGGCUUUAAAAACAGCCAACUAUAUUCUAAAUAGAAUUCCAACCAAAAGCAUUAAUAGAAUUCCCUAUGAAGUGUGGAAUGGAAGGAAGCCUAGCAUUAAACAUCUGAAAAUAUGGGGCUGUAAAGCAGAAGCAAAACCUUACAAUCCAGCAGAAAAGAAGUUGGAUCCAAAAACCAUAAGUGGUUUUUUUGUUGGCUAUCCUGAAAGAACAAAGGGAUACAGAUUUUAUUGUCCCAAACACACUACCAGAUUCAUAGAAACCUCAAGAGCAGUUUUUAUAGAAACUGACCAAGAAAUAGAUGAGGAAGAAAGUUUUAGUUUUGAAGAAAUAAUCUUGAACCAUGACAUGCCACAGAAUCCAAGUAAAGUAAUUGUUAGAUUACCUCAAAUGGAUUCAAUCAACACUCAACUCGAACACACUGAAGAGACCAAUGUCAAUGAACCUGAAAUUGCAGAACCAAUGGAGUUAAAUGAAAAUCAAGCACCACCAGCAGAAAAUCAAGACAUGGCUCAAGCACAAGAAGUAGCAAAUCCAGAACCAAACUUGGAACUAAGAAGAUCACAAAGGCAAAGAAAACCUGCCUUAGGAGAUGAUUAUUUUGUAUACCUACAGGGAGUAGAACAUGAUGUGAAUAUCAUGGAAGAUCCUGCAACAUUCAAACAGGCCAUGACAAGUGAAAAGAAAGAAAACUGGUUUGCAGCAAUGAAGUCAGAACUGAAUUCAAUGGAGAAAAAUGGAGUCUGGAAGCUUGUGACCUUACCUCAAGGUUGCAAACCAAUUGGUAGUAAAUGGAUAUAUAAAACGAAACUGGACUCAAAAGGACAGAUAGAUAGGUAUAAGGCAAGAUUGGUUGCAAAGGGAUUCACACAGAAAGAAGGAAUAGAUUUUAAUGAGACUUUCUCACCGGUCUCGACCAAGGAUUCAUUAAGGGUUAUCAUGGCCCUUGUAGCACAUUUUGACCUCCACUUGCACCAAAUGGACGUCAAGACAGCUUUCCUAAAUGGAGAUUUGGAAGAAGACAUAUACAUGGUGCAACCUGAAGGUUUUGUUCAAGAAGGGGGAAAGGACUUGGUCUGCAAGCUAAACAAGUCAAUCUAUGGAUUAAAGCAAGCCUCUAGACAGUGGUACCUAAAGUUCAACAAGGUAGUGAAAGACUUUGGUUUUGUUGAAAAUGUUUUAGAUGAAUGCAUAUACAUGAAGAUGAGUGGGAGACAUUUCAUUUUACUAGUUUUGUAUGUAGAUGACAUUUUACUAGCCUGCACAAAUCUCACCAUGUUACAUGACUGCAAGAAUUUCCUAUCUAAGAACUUUGAAAUGACUGAUCUAGCUGAGGCAUCUUAUGUUUUAGGCAUUGAUAUAAGCAGAGAUCGAAAGAAUGGGGUACUUGGACUAUCACAAAAAUCCUACAUAGAAAAGGUGCUCAAGAGAUUCAAUAUGCAAAACUGCACAGGAAGUGAUAUUCCUAUUGCAAAAGGGGAUAAGCUAAGCACUGAACAAGCACCUAAGACUGAGCAAGAAAAGCUGGAAAUGGUUGACAAACCAUAUGCUUCACUAGUUGGAAGCCUAAUGUAUGCGCAGGUUUGUACCAGACCUGACUUGGCUUUUGCAGUCAGUGUGCUAGGAAGAUUUCAGUCCAAUCCUGGACAAGCUCACUGGAUUGCAGGGAAAAGAGUGUUAAGAUACUUGCAAAGAACAAAAGAUUACAAACUAACAUUCAAAAGAAGUGGCACGCUGGAAUUACAAGGUUAUGCAGAUGCUGAUUUUGCAGGAUGUCAAGACUCCAUGAAAUCAACAUCAGGUUUUGUAUUCAUGUUUGGAGGAGGUGCAGUGUCGUGGAGAAGUGUAAAACAACCUUUGACAGCAGGUUCAACUAUGUUUGCAGAGUUUCUAGCAUGCUAUGAGGCCACCUCUCAAGCCAUAUGGUUAAGAAAUUUCAUUAUCAGUUUGAAUGUGGUUGAAUCGAUACACAGACCAAUUCAAAUAUGGAAUGACAACAGCGCAGCUGUUUUGUUUGCAAAAGGAAACAAAAGGACAAAGGGUUCAAGACUAUUGGAUGUCAAGUUCAUAAUAGUGAAGGAGAAAAUUGCUCAAGGCUAUACUAAUAUAAGUCAUAUCAGUACAGACAAAAUGAUAGCAGACCCUCUCACAAAAGGAGUCCCAAAUGCAGUGUUCCAUAGGCAUGUUAUGAGCAUGGGAUUAAGGAAUGAUUUGAAUGCUUAA